CAGUGAGGAAAAGAGACAGAAAGUAAGUGAGAAAAGGGGAAAAGUGUGUAACAGGGAUAAAACUAUAGAGAGAUAGAGGAGGGGGAGACUGACAGAAGACAGAACACUGGACAUUAUCCACUUGGAAGUCUCAAGGACCACAGAACAGUUGCAGAGCUCCAGACCACUAGCCCUAGCGUUUCCCCCAGGAUGGCUCUCUCCGGGCCGGGUGGCUUCCUCUCUGAGGACCAGUUCAUCUGUUCCAUCUGCCUGGAUGUGUUCACCAACCCAGUCUCCACACCCUGUGGACACAGCUACUGUCUGGACUGCAUCUCCACCUACUGGGACGGAGGAGGAGGGAAGACGUGGGUGUGCCCACUGUGUAAGGAGAGCUUCAGGAAGAGGCCGGACCUUCACAUCAACCACACCCUGAAGGAGAUCACCGAGCAGUUUAAGAAGAUGGCCGACGGAUUGGACGGGGGGGCCAUGGUGAUGGAAGGAGGGGUUGGGAGUCAAGGUGGGGGUGGCGGUGGUAAUGAGGGGGUGUCAAACGGGGUUGAGCGUCCUCCGGUCCUCCCAAGACCCCCAGGGAUGGGUGGGAUGCCUGGGGAUUUGUUUUUGGAGAUGAAGACCAGGUUCCAACGACCUUCGAACUCCAGAACCCCUCCGCCCGUCCUCCGCCCCCACCAGCCCUCACCCUUCUCCUCCAACACCACCGCCCCUCCUGUCGCCCCACGGAGGUACACCCUGAGCGGGCCGGCUGAUUCCUCCUUCAACGCGCCUCUCUGUCCUGAACACCAGAGGGGGCUGGAGUUCUUCUGCCGGACGGACCAGACGUGUGUGUGUGCCGCGUGUUUGGAGGGAGAGCACCAUGGACACCAGGUUAUACCUGCCAAGAGAGAAUGGCUCAUCAAGAAGUCUCAGUUGGGCCUGACAGAGGUGGAGCUGAGGGACAUGAUCACAGAGAGAGAGAGGAAGGUGGAGGAGAUCAGGACAUCACUGAAGGACAUACAGGCGUGUGCGGAGCAUGAGACGGCGGGCAGCAUGCAUGUGUUCUCUGCCCUGGUGAGUUCUGUGGAGAGGAGCCAGGCAGAGCUUCUGGAGGUGAUAGAGAUGUCACAGCGGGCUGCACAGCACCGAGGACAGAGCCUCAUCAGAGACCUGGAGCAGGAGAUCUCUGAGCUGAGGAAGAGAAGCGCCAGCCUCACCCAGCUAGCCCAGUCUGACGACUACGUACUCUUCUUCAAAACAUUCCCCGCCCUCUCCACCCCGCCUCAGACCAGGGAUUGGUCGGACGCUGUCGUAACCUCUGACCUCAGCUCGGGGUCGGUGCUUCUGACUGUCAAUCAAAUGGUGGAGCGCUUUCGGGCGGAGCUCAAGAGACUGCCGGAGAUCUGUCUGCAUCCUCAACCUCAACCAGACCAAUCCGUAGGGACAUAUAUUCCAGGUUUGCGUCCUCAACCUCAACCGGACCAAUCUGUGGGAAGAUAUAGUCCAAGUUUGCUUUCUCAACCAAACCAUGCUGUAGGAAGAAAUAGUCCAAAUUUGCCUUCUCAACCAAACCAGUCCCUGGGAAGAUGUAGUCCAAGUUUGCGUUCUCCACCUCCACCAGAACAAUCUGUAGGAAGAUAUAGUCCAG